AUGGCAAACACUGCCAGUGGCUUUGUGGCCGAAGGGAAGGCCUAUGAAAAGAUUGUCUAUGUAAGCAAAGAUCGGUUGCAGGAGCUGAAAAAGAAGCUCAGUGGAAAAAGCAAGGGAUCUGAUAUUUCCACAGAGGAUGUGAAAGGUCUGAUGUAUCCAGAAGACAUGGACGAUGAUUCGCUUCUCAUCCCGGUGGAUGUCUCGGGAGAAGAAGAUGGCCUUCCUACGAGCUUCGAAGAGCUCGUGGAGAAGGUUGGUGCUCUUGGAGCGGUGCAAGCCAUGAUAAGGGCGGCGGACCACUUUGAGAAAAACAGAAAAAGAUUUAGUACAGACCAGCUGCCCAUUCCCAUGACCGUGGGUGAAUGGAUGACAUUCUUGUCCGCUGAGGAGGGGGUGGAAGGUGGUGAAGAAGAGGAAUUAGAGGAUGACGAGGGGACGCCUACAUACUUGCUAGACAUCUGCUGUCAGUCCGCAUCAGAGCCUGCUGAGCAGAACUCUGACAGGGUAUCUUGGGCCAAAGCAUGGUAUGCGAGGCUCGACUACACUCGCACAUCGUUUUCUUUUACCUUCGAGAAUGAUAUUGAAGCACCUAUACUGUGCCAACCUACCACCUGUCAGCCAACGGCAAUUGGUAUCUAUGCUGGGGUGACCAUCUCACAAGUGGAGAUCAUCAUCGAUCCAGACACCUUCAAUGCACCCGGAGCCAAAUUGCGCAUCGUUUUCGAUGCGGUAGAUCGGGCCGGUGCAAAUGUUGGACAGUGUAGGUAUGGAAACUUUGCCUACGGUGCACACUCUGCUAUCGUUCCGCAACCUUGGGCUGGGGUCGGUGCUUCCACCAUCUCUUUGGAUGGGAGCAUGCAAGCAAAGAUCGACCUGGCCAACUUCAUUCCGUUGCUGUUCAAAAUGGGUGGCAUCUAUCACAUUUGCUAUUCUGAUGAUGGAUCUUUUGAUCCUGGACACACAGACAUUGUGCCGCAGAGGAUUGAGGUCUACGGUGUCUUCGAUCACAGAACGCAGUGCGCUGAAGAUGAGACUUGCCUCACCUAUCGGCCCUACCACUGUUUCUUGCGGCGGCAAGCUUACAACAACAUGGAAGAUACCUAUGGCGGAACCUCUUCUUGUGUUGUGGACUACAGCUACGAAGGGGCAGGCUUUACUGGCUUCCCUGGCCUUGGAUCAUGGACUGGGCCAUUUGCAACAACCCACGAUGCCGAUGGCAAAGUGACCAACGACGUGGCCCGCACCUGCGGCUCCUCAGGGUUCAAUGACUACCCAGCAGUUUUCCUCUGCAAUGCGAACGGUGCAUGUGGAGCUAUUACUGAUGCAAGGGACCCCUACAUAACGCCCGAUGCGGCACACAGCUACAAGAGAAUCACCAUCCCACCUGGGCGCCCAGAUUUGCAGGGACCGGACUACCAGGCUUAUGCCGUGGCGGCUUGCUACUGCCCAGACUUCCAGAGGUGCGAUGAGUUCAGCCCGGACUUUGUGCAGCAGGUUGGGCUCCUGUACUUCUAUGCCACCAAGGUUUGUCCCAACGGCUUCGAAGCGACGAUGUGCGCUCUGGAUUUCACAGGUGCUGCACCACAGCAUCGCUUUGCUUUGCGUGUUGAGUGUCCCAGCACUGCGUGUGCUUACGCGGACAAAAGCCGAGUAAAGAUUGUUCAGCAAGCAGCUACGAACAACUUGGCGUACUGGGAUCCCACGGCCACAUGUUCCUCUGCAGUGCAUGGGGUGAACAGCGAGGGCUUGCAGGUUCUACCAAUGGACGAUAAUCCAGACGUUGCCACCAUGCAUGGCGGUCUGCGACAGGAUUAUAAGCUCUGGAACUUUAAGAACUCGUCCUCUGGCUUGAUCUUCGAUCCCAAGACUUCAGGCUUUCAGUUCAGGCCCAGUGUCCUCAGUGUCGUCAGUGUCCUCAGUGUCUAG